AUGGUCAGGUUUAAACAUUACACUCAUACUCUUGGUCUACAUGGUGAAACAUUACAUCCGUAUUCCUGGCCUACAUGGUCAGAUGUUAUAAUCGAACACGAUAACGUUUACCCAACAGAACGGAAACUCUCAGACAUCGACAGGCUGCACUAUCUGAAAGGGGCUGUGACAGGGAACGCAGCUCAACUCAUUUCGCACCUGCCCGCGACCGACGAGGCAUUCAACCAGGCCUGGCAAUUGUUGGAUUCGCGUUUUGAGAACAAGCGCAUGAAUGUAAAGUCGUACAUGGAUAGGCUGUACAACCUGAAGACCAUGAAGACCAGGAGGGCAGCGUCGUUGACCAAGAUGGUCAACAUUAUACAGGAGACGCAGCAGGCGCUGAGAGCGUUCAAGCCGCUCUCAGUCACCGUUCAUGCACACGUGCUUACGAAGGUGACCACUUGCUUACCAUCGGACCCACCAGCUCGUCCAACGCUGCAAUCGCAUCUGGAGAAAUUGAAUCUCGCAGAUCCCCAAUUUCUCAAAUCCAGACCAGUGGACAUCAUUCUCGGAGCAGACGCAUACGGGCAAGUCAUCAACCCAAACAUUAUUCGGCACUCUUCAACACCGUUGAUCACUCAACCCCCGAUCUUCGGUUGGCUUGUAAUCGGACCCCUCAAGGGCUCUCAGACCAUUCGCAGGACUUCUCAUCAGGUGACGGUCAAUAAUACCGAUCGCCAGUUCGGUGAGUUACUCAGCCGCUUCUGGACGCAGAAAGAGCCACCGCAGGACACGGCACCCUUGCUCACACCAGAAGAGCAAGAACGACUCAGCAAGGACGACCAGUACAAACAGCUGUACAUCAAGUUCAUGCUCGAAUAUGAGCAGCUUGGUCACAUGGUAAAACUGAACAAUGACUCAAUAACUAGUCCGUUUCAGUACUUUCUUCAGCUUCAUGGCGUUCUUAAGUUGGGCAGCACGACCACCGCCUUGCGGGUGUUGUUUAAUGGCUCUAGUCCAACUUCAUCAGGAUUCUCACUGAAUGAUCUUCUUCACUCCGGUCCUAAUCUGAUGCUGAACAUCGCAGAUCUGCUCAUCUGGAUACGCAGAUACAAACAUCUGUUUGCAACCGACGUCACGAAGAUGUACCGACAAAUCAAGGUGCAUCCAGAGGACUGGAGCUUGCAGCUGAUACUCUGGCUUGAUGACGCACAACAGGAAAUGCAGUAUCAGCUGACCGCGGUCACAUACGGGACGAAAGCUGCACCGUAUUUGGCUGUGCGAACACUCUUGCAACUCGCUGACGACGAAGGGUCGAAAUAUCCCCUUGCCGUGGAACCCAUCAAGAAUGGCAGGUAUGUCGAUGACAUUUUUGGUGGCGCAGAUACUGCAGAACAUCUACAGGACGUUGCAAAUCAGCUGACGCAGCUUUGCCAAGCGGGUGGAUUUCCACUGGCAAAAUGGCAUUCUACGAGCAAAUCGUUGCUAGAAGACCUCGCCAUGGAUCAGAACAACACAGCAAUCUCAUUCAACGACUGCGCAACUAAGAUUCUUGGAAUCAAAUGGAUGCCACAUCAGGACACAGCCAAAAUUCUCAUUCAAGAGCUUUGGUUACAGGAACCCGGUUGGGACGACAUUCUGCCGCUUCAUAUCACUGAACGAUGGCUACGCAUCAGGGAAGAUCUAACCAGCUUGGCCAAGCUUUCCAUCCCAAGAUGGUUCAACACAGCGACCACGUCGACAGUUGAACUCCAUGGAUUCUCUGAUGCAUCAGUCCUCGCAAUGGCAGCCGUCGUCUACCUCAUUGUCCGCUCACUGUCCACGGGUACCCACAUCUCUCUGGUCUGCUCGAAAACGCGGGUGACUCCACUCAGACACCUAACCAUCCCGAGGCUGGAACUAACAGCAGCGCUGCUCCUUUCUAAACUGAUGAGGCAUGUUCACGCUACUUUGAACAUGACCGUCACUCAGACAUUUUUAUGGACGGACUCAGAAGUCACGCUUGCAUGGAUCAAGACGCACCCCUCCAAAUGGAAGGAUUACAUUCGCAACAGGGUAAUCCAGAUCCAGGAGAUCACGCAGAAUUAUCACUGGAGAUUACUCAGAAUAACAUCUCUCUGCCUCCAAUUCGUGGACAAGCUGUUCAAACGACAGAACGCUUCGCCCACGCACUUCAUCUCAGCAGCUGAUAUGGAAAGGGCCAGAAUCUACUGGAUUCAGGCCACGCAGUCCGCAUUCUUCAAGGAUGAACUCGCUGCACUCGCCAAAGGAACAACGCUUCCGUCGACGCAUCCAUUCACGAGGCUCACCGCUUACCUUGACCAUCAAGGAAUCGCCAGAGUAGGCGGACGCCUCCAACACUCAGAGCUUUCGCACAACGGCAAACAUCCUGUCAUUCUGCCUCGUGAUUCAAGGCUCUCAGCACUUCUUAUCGACCACGCCCAUCAGCAGACCAUGCACGGAGGACCGCUCACGCUGAAAACUUGGACGGGAAGAGAAGCCAAGACGCAGAAAGGGUGGAUUUGCGUAUUCGUCUGCUUCGCAACCUCAGCCGUACAUUUGGAAGUUCUCACCGACUACUCGACCGACGCAUUCAUCGCCGCCUACCGCAGAUUCGCAGCAAGGAGAGGAACUGCAGCCUCUCUCUACUCAGACUGCGGCACCAAUUUCCAAGGAGCGGACGCGCAGUUGAAGGAGCAAUUCAAGGACAGCACAUGCGAAAAUCAAGACAUCGCAGCACUACUCGCCAAGGAUGACACGCAGUGGCACUUCAACCCUCCAGCCGCUCCACACAUGGGUGGAAAAUGGGAGGCGGUGGUUAAGUCCCUCAAAUUCCAUCUAAAGAAAACGAUUGGAGAUGCUUUGCUGACGUACGAGGAAUCAAUAACAUUGCUCGCGCAAAUCGAAGCCAUCCUCAAUUCAAGACCGUUGGAACCAUUCAGCGAUGACCCAGACGACGUCUCAGCCCUCUCACCAGGACAUUUCCUGAUCGGAUCGCAGAUCAACGCAGUGCCAGAGCCAACGCUUCUAGACGUCACAGUCAACCGCUUGUCAAGGUGGCAAUUUCUGCAGCAGCGCCUCCAACAAUUUUGGAGACUCUGGUCCACGCAGUACCUGCAGCGACUCCAGGCCAUCUCAAAAUGGCAUCACCCGUCCAACGAGAUCAGGGUAGGCUCUCUUGUUCUCAUUACUGAUGAACGCUUGCCCCCAGGGAAAUGGCCCAUGGCCAGGGUUCUCAGUCUGAUGCCAGGAAAGGAUGGACUGACCAGGGCCGUCACGCUCAAGACGGCUACCACGACGCUCACGCGGCCCAUCGCACAGAUAUUCGGAGAUUAUCUCCGGGACAGGAGAAUUCAGUUCAUGGGCCGGGAUGGUGUCAUAAUUGGGAGGGACAUGGACCGCGGCGUGCCCCAGGGUUUCCAUUUGGGUCCCCCGUUUUGGGACCUGGGGUACGACUCGGCUCUACGGGCUACGCUCCCGACCGGAGUCAACCUCACGUAUAUUGCAGACUUCACGCACGUGCUGGCCAUCGGUCGGGAGUCGCCAGUCGCCUGGCUGAGAUUGGAGUCGCUGCCGUCGCCGCAGAGAUCCGAUGACUAG